AUGACGACGGAGCUCCUGCCGCUGACGAGGCUCUUCACGGACGACGCGCUCGCGCAGCACUACGACCGCGUCGAGAUAGCGACCUUACGCAGCGGCCUGCGCAUGGCCUACGCGCUCCACGGCGACGACGACGCGCCCGAGAAGGUCCUCCUCAUCAUGGGGCUUCUCGGUGACAAGGAAGCGUGGUUGCCGCUUCUGUCGGCCUUCCGUGCCAGCGCCGAGAGCCGGCGCUACCAGUUCUUGACGUUUGACAACCGCGGUGUCGGUGGCACCGACAAGCCGUGGGGCCGCUACACGACCUCCGGUAUGGCCGCCGAUGUUGUCCAGCUCCUGGAUCACUUGGGCUGGCCGCGUGCGCACGUAGUCGGCGCAAGCAUGGGCGGCAUGAUCGCGCAAGAACUCGCGUCAUUGCAUACCGCUCGCGUUCGGUCACUGGCGCUUCUCGUGACCACGCCAAGCUUUGUUUGGGGUCCGUGGCCGGGCUGGGCGCAGCUCUCGGGCUACUGGGCGAUCGCGACAAGCCUCCUCUUCCCGUCGCACCACACGGCCGCAUCGACGAUGCUCUACGUGCUCUUCCCAGACGAGUACCUCGGCACGCCAGUCCACGGUGCCGACGAGCUGACGACCGGCGCCGUCUUGUACGAGCAUCACAUGGCGCGACAAGCGCGGGGUGCACCUGCGCUCAGCGGUGUCCUCGGUCAGUACGCGGCCGUCGCAUCCCACACAGUGAGCUAUUCCCGCCUGCGCGCGGUGCAAGCGGCGGGGUACCCGAUCCUCGUUAUCGGCGCCAAGCAAGACCGGAUGCUGCACCCCGACCACUCGACGCAGCUCUAUAACGCGCUGGAGGGCCCUCGAACCAAGAGCAUUGUCUUUGCCGCCUCGGGCCACGACGUGCAUGUGCAGCACCGAAGUGACGUGGCAGCAGCGCUGCUAUCGCAUUUUGCUUCCUCCAAAGACACGUUCUAG